AUGGCGAGCCCGGGGUCGCUGGAGACGGUCAUGCCUUCCUCCUGCCCCCGGCACGACGGCAGAGCCGCCACCGCUAACCCCUCCAAGACCCUGGCCUUCUCCAUCGAGCGGAUCAUGGCAAAGACGUCGGAGCCCAAGCCGGCCUUCGAGGAGCGGCACGGCGGGCCGGGGCCGGAGCCAGGCAAGAAGCCGCUGAGCCUGUGCUCGCCCCUGCCCUGCGUGAUCCCCAUCCCGCCGCUGGGCUACGAGCUGCCCUCCAAGACUCUCAACUACUCGGAGCUGUGGAAGAGCAGCCUGCGGGGCGGUGCGGGGCUCUGCAAAGCCAACUGCGGCGUCUGCUGCAAGGCAGAACUCGCCCUGGGCCAGCCCAGCGGCCGGCUCAUCAAGCCGCAGGUCAUCCACCAGGCAGGGGCCGUUCCGGCUGCCCCCCGCUCCCUCUACUACUUCAACUACCUGGACGCCGCGUACCACCCGGCCGACCUCCUGCACGGACAGCUCUUCCCGGCCGGCCUGCUGGGCGCCCCGCCGCCGGGGGGGCUCUCGGCCCACCAGAAGCUUUUCCUGCUGGAGAAUGCCAAGCUGGCGGGGCUGGCGGCCGAGAAGCUGCCGCCGCCGCCUCCCUUCGCCCACAAGGAGCGGCUGCCGGGACAUCUGGACCAGGUGAUGAAGGAGGCGGCGGCGGCGGAGCGCGGCGGCCCCCCCAAGGGCCACGCCAAGAUGGGGGGCGGCGGCGGCGGGGCGGCGGAGGGCAAGCCCAAAAACUUUACCUGCGAGGUCUGCGGCAAGGUGUUCAACGCGCACUACAACCUCACCCGCCACAUGCCGGUGCACACGGGGGCCCGGCCUUUCGUCUGCAAGGUCUGCGGGAAGGGCUUCCGCCAGGCCAGCACCCUGUGCCGGCACAAAAUCAUCCACACCCAGGAGAAACCCCACAAGUGCAACCAGUGCGGAAAGGCGUUCAACAGGAGCUCCACGCUCAACACCCACAUCCGCAUCCACGCCGGCUACAAGCCCUUCGUCUGCGAGUUCUGCGGCAAGGGCUUCCACCAGAAAGGCAACUACAAGAACCACAAGCUGACCCACAGCGGAGAGAAGCAGUACAAGUGCACCAUUUGCAACAAAGCCUUCCACCAGAUCUAUAACUUGACUUUCCACAUGCACACCCACAAUGACAAGAAGCCCUUUACGUGUGUCACUUGCGGGAAAGGAUUUUGCAGAAACUUUGAUUUAAAGAAGCACGUCCGAAAGUUGCACGACAGCGUCUCCAGCGCUCCUCCGCCGCGGGACCCUGGGCGCAGCGGGCAGAGCUAA